AUGAUUGAUUUUACAAAUAAGGUAAUUGCUAUUACCGGCGGCGCAUCCGGAAUUGGCCGCACAACCGCUAUUCUCCUUGCGUCCCUCGGCGCUAAGGUCUCAAUUGGAGACCUGCAGCAAGAGGCCCUCGCUGCUGUGGCCAAUGAGAUUAAACAGGCUGGCAGCGGCGAUGUUUUCACCAUGGCCAUCGACGUCCGUCAGGCUGACUCAGUCGAAGCCUGGAUUAACGAGACGUGCAAAUGGGGCGGCAAGCUUGACGGGGCAGCCAACCUGGCCGGUGUCAAGGAUUUUGACAUGGAAGAAUGGGAUUUUGUCAUGGACGUGAACCUAAAAGGCCUUAUGCACUGCAUGCGCAAAGAGCUUGGAGUCAUGGCUAACAAUGGUUCCAUCGUCAACGCCGCCAGCAUUGCGGGAAUCCAGGGCUUCGCCAAAAACGCAGCAUACUCGGCAAGCAAGCACGGGGUCAUUGGUUUAUCACGCUCCGCAGCCAAGGAAGUCGGCCAGCAAGGGAUCAGAGUCAACUGCAUAGCUCCGGGUGCGAUUCAAACUCCCAUGUUAGAGAAAUCGAUGGACACCAAUGGUGGCGUCGGCAUCAAAUCAGACACUGCUUUACCAAGACGUGGGACGCCGGAGGAGGCGGCGAACCUGAUUGCCUUUUUGUUAAGCGACGCAUCCACCUUUAUCACCGGCACUGUGUAUUCUGUCGACGGAGGUUGGGCGUGUUAG